UUUCCUAUACCAAUUUACCUGAGGCCUGGGGUCACCAAAAAAGUCUUGAACAAAAAGGGAUAUCAAGUCUAAGAGGAAACAAAAGAACAGGGGUCAGCGAUGAGUUCCGGUGGCGAUGAGCUCCCGGGCCGUGAGCGCCGGUGGCCCGGCAAAGUAGCUCAGGGGCACAGUCCUUGCCCAGCCUGUACAAGGUCCGGGGUUCACCCCCAGAACAGACAAAAAGCAUCAGGGCCUGAUUAAGACUCAGAGGCCAGAGGCAGCAGAUGGGACUUAGGGCCAAAUACUUGUCUCGAUUCAGCUUGAGGGGCCAUCAUUUCAGGCAGCAAGGAACACUCCUCUCCCAUCCCCAGUGUUAGGAGAGGGUGGUCAUUUCCCUAGGAACAAAACCCAGGAAGCAGUUAAAUGCGUGUGUCAGGCACCUAGGCAUAUUGUUAGCACCGUAUGGCUUGCGGCUUGGGUCGGUGCUCAUGGAAAGGAUUACACCAAGGCUUAGGCUAAAUGGGAUUAUUCCUAGUAUUUAUUAAAGCCUUUUAUUUUCUGUACGCUCCCUGUUUGCAUAACAACCUGCCUCUGGGGUAAACGGAGCUUUGGAAAGGUUUUAAGUCCUCAACAACUAACAAUCUGUGAUAAGCACUUUAAUAUUUACCUCCCCCUGCUUGUCAACAACUUACUGGACAAAUGACAUUAUCCCUCAGGCCCCAAACAACUACAAAAACUAGUAUAAGGAACACUGCCCUAAAGUAGCUACCUUCAUAGAUAAUAGAAUGAAUUACUCGAGUUUGCCAGUGAGUGGCCAGCUUGGUUGAGACAGGGCCCACUGGGGGAGGGGCAAAGCUUUGGAGGAGUGGGUAGGCAUUUCAAAGAGGGGCAGAUUGCAUUCGCAUAGAACCCAAUAACCGCCUGUAACUCCAGUUCUAGGGGAUCUGAUGACUUCUGGCCACCUGUGGGACUGUGUGCAUGUGGUACACAUACAUCCAUGCAGGCAAAAUAAUGAUACACAUAAAACCAAAAUAAAUAAAUCUUUUUGAAAAACAGCUCUUGUAAACUUAAUGAAAUUGUAAAUAAAAUAUGUAAGUUAUAAAGUGUACAACUAGUUUAUAUGAAAAAAACAAAAAAAACAAAAAACAAAGAGGGGCAGAAGUGUCUCCUCCGUAUGUGUACCUCUCCUGUGUUCGUUUGAAUGACACCAAAACUGUGGGAUCCCUAGAUACUGUAAGCAUAUUUGGAGGUAGGGUGAUAGAGGGCCAUCUGCAGGGUUUGGGUUGUUUAUUUUCCAUAUGUAGCCCAGGCUUUCCGCUAGGCAGAUGGAGAUCUCAUCCUAGAACCCCUUUAAACAACCAGAUUCCCGGUGCACACAGUCCCCGCCCAGCCCGGUCCUUACACUCCCGCAAGGGCUCAGAGUUCCUGCGCCGUCGAACGCCGAGAACCUCUUCUCUCCUAAGCGCUCCCAGGAGUUAACAUCUCCCGCCGGCUCCUGGGCUCCGCCCCCUCUCCCCUCUCCCCGGUCCUGGCGGGCUUAUCCUGGAGGGGGCGGCCUCAGCAGCAACGCUAGCCCGGGCGGAGCUCUGGCCCGGGCGGAGCUGAGGCUGCAGCGUCCAGCGGCGGGACCCAACUCCAGCUGUGCAGCCUGCGGGAGCCCCGCGAGCCCGGUCCGCCCUGGGGCCCACCCCCGCAGCUCUGCAGCACAUGGUGAUGAGUUUCCGGGUGUCUGAGCUCCAGGUGCUCCUUGGCUUCGCUGGCCGGAACAAGAGUGGACGGAAGCACGAGCUCCUGGCCAAGGCCCUGCACCUCCUCAAGUCCAGCUGUGCCCCCAGCGUCCAGAUGAAGAUCAAAGAACUUUACCGCAGGCGCUUUCCCCGGAAGACCCUGGGCCCCUCUGAUCUUUCCCUGCUCUCCUUGCCGCCUGGCACCUCUCCUGUCGGCUCCCCAGGCCCCCUAGCUCCCAUUCCUCCCUCCCUUCUCACUCCUGGCACCUUGCUGGGCCCUAAGCGUGAGGUGGACAUGCACCCUCCUCUGCCCCAGCCUGUGCACCCCGAUGUCACCAUGAAGCCACUGCCUUUCUAUGAAGUCUACGGGGAGCUCAUCCGGCCCACCACCCUCGCAUCCACCUCCAGCCAGAGGUUUGAGGAAGCGCACUUUACGUUUGCACUAACCCCUCAGCAGGUGCAGCAGAUCCUCACAUCCAGGGAGGUUCUGCCAGGAGCCAAGUGCGAUUACACCAUACAAGUGCAGCUAAGGUUCUGUCUCUGUGAGACUAGCUGCCCCCAGGAGGACUAUUUCCCCCCUAACCUCUUUGUCAAGGUUAAUGGGAAACUCUGCCCCCUGCCGGGUUACCUCCCCCCCACCAAGAACGGAGCUGAGCCCAAGAGGCCCAGCCGCCCAAUCAACAUCACAUCCCUGGCCCGGCUCUCAGCCACCGUCCCCAACACCAUCGUGGUUAAUUGGUCAUCUGAGUUCGGACGGAAUUACUCCUUGUCUGUGUACCUGGUGAGGCAGUUGACUGCAGGGACCCUUCUCCAAAAACUCAGAGCGAAGGGGAUCCGGAAUCCGGACCAUUCCCGGGCACUGAUCAAGGAGAAACUGACGGCUGAUCCUGACAGUGAGGUGGCUACUACAAGUCUCCGGGUGUCACUCAUGUGCCCGCUAGGGAAGAUGCGCCUGACCGUCCCAUGCCGCGCCCUUACCUGUGCCCACCUGCAGAGCUUCGACGCUGCCCUUUAUCUACAGAUGAAUGAGAAGAAGCCAACGUGGACGUGUCCAGUGUGUGAUAAGAAGGCUCCCUAUGAAUCUCUCGUUAUUGAUGGUUUAUUCAUGGAAAUUCUUAACUCCUGCUCGGAUUGUGAUGAGAUCCAGUUCAUGGAGGAUGGAUCCUGGUGUCCAAUGAAACCUAAGAAGGAGGCAUCUGAGGUUUGCCCCCCGCCAGGGUAUGGGCUGGAUGGCCUCCAGUAUAGCUCAGUCCAAGAGGGGAAUCCAUCAGAGAACAAGAAGAAGGUUGAAGUGAUUGAUUUGACAAUCGAAAGCUCAUCAGAUGAGGAAGAUCUGCCCCCACCCAAGAAGCACUGCCCUGUCACCGCGGCCGCCAUUCCAGCCCUUCCUGGAGGCAAAGGAGUCCUGACGUCUGGUCACCAGCCAUCUUCGGUGCUGCGGAGCCCUGCCAUGGGCACACUGGGCAGCGAUUUCCUGUCCAGUCUCCCACUACAUGAGUACCCACCUGCCUUCCCACUGGGGGCCGAUAUCCAAGGUUUAGAUUUAUUUUCUUUCCUUCAGACUGAGAGUCAGCACUAUGGUCCUUCUGUCAUCACGUCGCUCGAUGAACAGGACACCCUCGGCCACUUCUUCCAGUACCGGGGAACCCCCUCCCACUUCCUGGGCCCGCUGGCCCCCACACUGGGAAGCUCUCACCGCAGCUCCACUCCAGCACCCCCUCCUGGCCGUGUCAGCAGUAUUGUGGCUCCUGGGAGUUCCUUGAGGGAAGGGCACGGAGGACCCCUGCCUUCAGGCCCCUCUUUGACUGGCUGUCGGUCAGAUGUCAUUUCCUUGGAUUGAGUUACUUGGAUCAUGAAACUUUCAUUGGCCCCCAGCACUGAGCAGAUGUGCUGUGGGUUCCCAACCCCUGGGUACCCUGAUCCCUCAGGGGACUUUGGCCAGAGGCCAGACCAGGCUUUCAUGGAUACCUGCUUUUGGCCUUAUCUCUGCCUAACGAGGCUGGUACUCAAAGGGUUAACAUUUAACCUGUUUUAAAGGGUGUUGGGGUCUGUCUUUGGAAGUGUUCUUCGAUGGUGGCACAUUCCUUGGGGUAUGGUGACCUAGGCAGUGGGAGGCAGAUGGAGGGUUAGGGGCUGAGGGAAGAGGGGUUCCUCAGCCUUUACCAGAUCUACAGCCUCUUGGGGAAAAGGCAUGUUCCUGGCCCUCCAAACGCCUUCCCUUCCCAAACCCAAACGUCUGUCCUUUUCAUGUCCAUUCCGUUCUCUUUGGCCACACAGUCAGGUGGCAGAUCUGAGACAUGAAACUUCAGAGAUGGACAGAGAACUCUAUUUUGGGUUGUGGAUUUCUUUUUUGUACAUAACUAAGAAAACCCCAAAUUAUCCAAAGAUGACUUCCCCUGCCUUUUCCUUCCCAGUAUGACUUGAGGAGGAAACAAGGUCUUAGUCCUGAUUCCCAGGGGCUCGGGAGCAGGGCAUGGCCUGCCUACUGCCUGGGUCUCUCUAUUUAUAUAUUUAAGUUCACAAUGUUUCUUAUGCUAAACAACCAAGGGCCUACGCUUCUAGUGACCUGUGGCCAGGCCUAGAACAUUCUGCACCUUUUGUGGGACGUGGGGGCUCUGCGUUCUCCUUCCCACUCCUCAGGCCCCUUUAGGGCCAAUGCCCUAUGUUGUGAUGUUACUUUUUAUCCUCAGAGUUGUAGCAGAGUUCUCACCUACAAUAAAGGUUGUGAACGUUC